CAUCAGUAGGUCAUCCGGAUCGCUCCCGCUGUCGUCCGGCUCCACGAGGCAGAGGCCGGUGAGGUGCCCGUUGGCUUCGCUUGUUACCGGAGAGAUUGCGCGCUCAAGCUCCGAUGUACAGGUGGCAUCCGAGUCAGCCGAGUCUGUUCCCGAGCUGGCGUCCUCUCGGAACACCUCUGUGAGGACACGACCACUGCGUGCUGACGCCACACGAAACCGGACGGUCCUCUCCGCUUUGUCUUCUUUGCGUCUUAAGAACUCUGCCAUCGGAAAGAAAAGGAUGCUAGAUUUACAUGAUAGAGAUUGACUUUAGCGGACCGCGCCGUCGUUAACGAGCAGCGACAUCCAUUCAGACAUCCUAUCAGAAGUUCAUGGAUGCAGGUAUGGGGAAUGGCCGGGGAAUAUCUAGCAGCUUGUCCGUAGUGGCAGUUUGCCUUGCAGCGCUACUGUGUGCCAACCUGCUGCUCUACUGGUACCUGGAUUCUUUGUAUCCAGGAGUUGUCUCGCAUUCUCCGCAUGGGCACUGCCCACCUCGCCACUUUAAACUGGGCACAAUGCGUGACUGUGAACCCUGGCUGCAGUGUCCAGAGGUACAAAAUGACAUCCGCAGGCUGAAGAUGGUGGGACAAGGAGCAGUGAAGAAGGUGUACCUGUCAGAAUGGAAAGGACAGAAGGUGGCUAUGUGUGUGCUUUCCUCUGAGACCUACCGUGCUGACUUCCUGCAUGGGCUCUCCAUGCUGCGUUCGCUCCAGAGUGCACGUGUGGUGCAGCUUGUGGGGUCCUGCGAAGGUGAUGGUGUCUUCGUCACCGAGUACCACCCCUUGGGCACCCCUCUGGGCCUGGACGACGCCCUGGCGAUCCCGCGGUACCGCAGCAGUGACGCGUGGCAGACCCGUUUGCGCUUGGCGCUGGACUAUGUAGCCUUCCUCAGUUUUCUCCAUGCCAGUCCGGUGGGCACGCGAGUCAUGUGCGACUCCAAUGACCUCAGCAAGACCCUCAGCCAGUUCCUGCUGACCGCAGACUUUCGGCUAGUGGCCAACGACCUUGAUGCGCUGCCAGAGGUGACCCCUAGAGGUCACGGGGUCAAGUGUGGCCCUCGUCAGCUCACAGGGGAUUUUGUGGCCCCCGAACAGUUGUGGCCCCACGGGGAUGAAAAGCCCUUCUCAGACGACCUCAUGCCCGGCUACGACGAGAAAACGGACAUUUGGAAGAUUCCAGAGGUCACAGGCUUCUUGCUAGGGCAUGUCACAGGAAGUGAUGUCAUACAUUUCCAUCUGUUCCAGAUCCAUGCUGACUGUAAGAAAUCGGACCCUAAACAGCGUCCCACUGCCAGGGAGGUUUUGAGUGUCUACCGUACUGUUUACGACACCAUGGUGGAGAGCCAGCAACAGGCCCGAGACAUGCUCUAGCAGAGAAUCACAUGUUGGGGAAUCAGCCAUUCAAAAAAUAUUGCUGGGAGAAGAUGUGCAUAGAUGCUGCAAUAAUUGUGAAGUUAAAACUGCUGUAUUCACUCAGUUGUUCAUAAAUAUGACAAGUGAAAAAAAAAG